GCGGGCCGAGGGCCUGUGGACCUGGCCCCCGAGGCCCCAUCCCAGUUGAGAUCGUGAGGUACGGCGAUGAAGACGCUAGGCCGGAGAAGAAGCAGGAGUCUUAUCCGGAGUUGAAGGAGAAGCUCUGCGCUUCCGCAGAUGGCGGCGGCCCAAUCCCAGACUGCCAGCGAGGUGCCCUUGGAGGAGCUGCUGGCUCUGUGUGGCUACGCGGUGCCUGAUCCAGCCAAGCAGAGCUGUCACGUCACCACCGUUCUGCCAGACAUGACUCUGGAGGAGAACCAGAUCACUGAAGAAAUCUUUGCUACAGCAGAUGCAGUGGAGUCAUCAGCUGAUGAUCUCACCCCCUCAGUCACCUCCAGCACCUCAGAUCUGCUCCAGCAACACCUGCCUCAUGGAAACAAAGACACAUCCGUCUGCUCAUCUGACGAGGAGUCCGACGAUAUCUCCCUUCCCUCCAACGAAGAACACAAGGAGAUCAUGGUUGGUUCCAUGUACCAGGCAAUAAUCCCUCCACUCAGUCCAUAUACAUACCAGGAACAAGCGUACAACAGUGAGGACCAGUUGCUGUGGAGACCAGGUGCUCUUCCGUUGCAGGAAGUGGAGGACUUCUUGUUGAAUGUACAGAGGCCAUGUGGCCAAGAGGGGGCAGUGUGCAAGCAAACACGUGCUGACACUGUCCGAGACAAUGAGCAGGCACUGUAUGAACUGCUGAAAUGCAACUUCAAUGCAGAGGAAGCAGCGCGACGAUUACAUUUCAAUGUGAAAGUGUUCAUUGAACAUCUGUGUGGCUGGAGCGAGGAGGAGUGUAGGAAUUUUGAGCAUGGCUAUAAAGUUUAUGGGAAAAACUUCCACCUCAUUCAGGCUAAUAAGGUAAGGACCCGCUCUGUGGGGGAGUGUGUGGCGUACUACUACAUGUGGAAGAAGUCUGAACGGCAUGACUACUUCACUCAACAAGCCACCAGGAUCACUCGGAAGAAGUACACCUUGCAGUCAGGGAGCAUGGAUGAGGGAGAUCAGGACGGGUAUGGUGGCGAGAUGGAGCCAAGCAAUAAUUCAGCUGGCUUACUGUCUCGUAGUAGCGCCGCGGUCUCCGGAAAGCUGGCGCCUCCCUUGCCUCGGCAGUCGAGCCUGGAACUGGACAAACAAGCUGGAGAACUGCUGACGGGGCUGUCAGAGAUGCGCGGCGACGGCUAUCCUCAGAACCUGUUUGCCCGCCCCUUCGCUCUGCCUGUCUUGUCGGAUCAGGGGGAUCGCCUCUCAGGCUGCGACGCAGGUCCGAUCCAACUCCAAGACCGUCAGCGCCCACCGGGCUUCUUCCAGUUCCACAUGCGCCACGGUCCUUUUAUCCCCGAGGACUGUGACACAGCAGGUGAUGUGAUUGACUCCCCCGUCGCCUGCGGGUGGGACUUCACCUGCUGCGUGCCGGCUCUCCCCCACCUAAUGACCUCAUGUCCGGCUUGUCUGCAUUUAUCCCCCUGCUGCACUGCCCUCCCUUCCAGUGAAAGCACUUGGGAAAAUCCUAAUUGAAUAGAGAUGUGUUCUUAGACUGAUAAAAGCAAGCAGAACAUAUUUUUUUUUUUAAAUACCAAAAUACCCUCACGGCUACUUUGAAGCAGUAUGAGUGGCGCAAACUCUGCUUGUUGCUGCUGUAAGGCCUUUUACACAAAACAUCUCUUUAUUUCAACACAAACAUCCUCUACGCCACAGGUGUCAAACUCCCGGGGGCCAAAUCUGGCCCGCCAAGUCAUUUCAUCUGGCCCGCGAAAGCAAAUCAGCUGUGUCAACUUCCAUGAUUCUUGCUCAAAUUCUCAUAAAAUAAUAAUAAAUAGUAUCAUUGAGAGCCUUUUCUGUUUACAGUAAAUUGAACAAUAGUUGAGCAAACUAUUAUCCUUGACUUCUGAUUUCUAAACUAGGUAUCCAUCAAUUUGUUGUGUGUAUGUAAUAAUAUUAUGAGGUGACUAAACAUUUAUAUGGUUUCACGGUCAACGGCCCUCUUAGGGAAACCGUGACGACAAUGUUGCCCGCGACAAAAAAAAAGAGUUUGACUCACCUGCUCUACGCUGUCAUCCACUCACUCUCCUUCUGUCUGUUCUGUGUUUGCUUGUGCUUUCCUCUGCCGUUUUGUCGCGGCACACGAGCCAAAUGCCAUCGAGAGCUACAUGAACUGGUUUAAAUAAAGGUUCAAUUCAUAAAAAUAAAUGUAGAUUAUUUUACACUAUAAUAGUCCGGUUUAAGAACGAGCCUAAAAUAUUCCCUGCAGUAUAUAGCUGUGCCUAGCUCAUUAGGAUGGAUUACUGUAUACCCAGGGAUUAAGUGAAUUUGAUUUAUGAGGACAUUUUGAAGAAUGUCAUAUAUUAAAUCCUGUUUCAGCUUCUAAUCAGGGUCAAGAUUAAGUCUUUGGUUUCUCUGGACAUCAAAGUGUGGCAUCCUAGAUAACUGAUUAAUGAUGUCCAUUGUGAUUACCACAAACCUUGACUUUUUAUUUUCCAUCGAUGGUCAUUUGAUGGUUUCAUAUAAUGCUUUGCAGAACUAUUGGGACAUUGAUUUUAGUGAUUAUUCUUGUUUUAACUGACCAUCACUUCAUGUUUUAAUGUAGUCCCAUUCUGGAUCUGAAGGAGCAAAGCAAGUGUUUCAGGAAGUGGAACAACUUUAUUGGUUGUUUGCAUAACACCGUGUCAUCUUCGAUCGCCUCUAUUUAUUUGUUAUUCAUCCCUAUGUGCACGUGUUUGAGGUCUUCCCGUAAUUGCAGCGAAGCGAGCCAGAUUGAUGUUUGCGUUUACACGAAGGAGGUGAUGGACAAGGCCUGUUGUGAACAGGAAUGUUUCUUUUAAUUUCACAUUUUGUUUUUGGGAAUGUAUGUAUUGUCCUGCCCCGUUUUUUUUUUGUUGAUAAUUAUUAUAUUUUGU